AUGCUCGUAACAAGUCUGGAAGUACCAAUUCUACACUAUCUCACACUGGUUACACCCAGCAUUCUCAUCAAGGACGUGGACAUGGACGCAGAAGUUACGGUAGUCGUCAAACCACUUCCAAUCUACCCUAUCCAAGCUAUCCUCCAAGAUCUCAAGGCAACUAUCAAGGACAAUCUACUGGAAACAGUUCUCAAGCCCAAGGAGGACGAUUUGGGCAACAAAAUCAUCAAGCAACAGACCUCCAGGAAAUUUUCAAAACAGAAACCCUCAAAACCAUCAUAA